AUGUAGGGGCAGAACUCCCCAUAAGGAGUGCUUUUUAGCGUGGGUACUGCAUACCAAUCUGAGCUCCAACAAGCUGUCACAAUGAGAAGCCCAUAAAACUGAUAAGAGUCGGUGCCCUGGAGGUCAGCCAGGAGGGGCUCCAGGGAAGGCAAGGAGAAAGGGAUGGAGCAGGGGUACAGCUAGAGAGGCAGGCAAGCCCCAGCCCAUCUCUCUCUCUCUCUCUCUCUCCCCCCCUCUCUCUCUAUCUCUCUGUGACACACCCUUGUUUCUCUCUCUGUCCUGUCCUUACCCAACUGUCUAUAUAAGCGGGAGGCUUCAGUCUGUGAUCUCGUCUUCAAUCCGCUGUGUGCUCUCUUCGUCUCCUGCUGUGAUCACAGACUAUCAGCCAUGACCAUGUCUCUGUCUUUAUCCUCCUCGCGGCUGUCAGGCCUGGGCUUUGGGGGAGCCGGGGGUGGCCGACUGGGCUUAGGGCUUGGCGGAGGUGCUGGCUUGGGUAUGGGGCUGGGUCUCGGAGGAGGCCUGGGUGGGGGAGCUGGGUCUGGGGUAGGAUUCGGGAUGGGGCUGGGCUUUGGUGGUGGUGCUGGAGCUGGGCUUGCCCUGGGGGGUGGUGGUGGUGGAGCUGGGCUUGCCCUGGGGGGUGGGGGUGGCGCAGGGGCGCUGGUUGCCAGCCCGGCCUUUGCCAUGGGCCGCACCAUGGCAUCGGGAGGCCUCAGUGCCGGCGUCGCCCUGGCCGCUGGGUCCGGUGCCGGCCCCGCCCUGCCUGCUGUGCUCUCCCGGGCGGCCGAGAAGCACACGCUGGCUAGCCUGAAUGACCGCUUCACCUCCUAUAUGGCCAAGGUGCGGGGGCUGCAGCAGGAGAACGCCGCCCUGGAGGCCAAACUUUCCCAGCUGACUGGCGGCGCGGACAUGUCCCCCGAGUCCUCCGCCGCCUCCACCGUGGAGUACGAGGCCCAGCUGAGCGAGUACCGCAACACGCUGGAGACCCUCUCCCUCGACACCGUCAAGCUGGAGGUUGAGCUGGACAACGUUCGUGGUGCUGCCCAUGAACUCAAGGCCAAGUAUGAUUUUGAACAGGGUGUGAAGUUCCAACUUGAGUCUGACAUCGCUUCAAUGAAAAAGGACAUUGAAAUGGCGUCAGAAAUCCGAAUUGAUUUGGAUGCCAAAUACAGUAGUCUGAAAAGUGAACAGGAAUUCAUCUCUAAGACCCAAGAGGAGGAGCUGUCUUCUCUGCAGACCAAACUCGGCACAACUGCCAUGGACACUUCUGUUUCUAUGAUCGAGGUGGACACGGUCAAGUCCUUCGACAUCGCAACUGCCCUCAACAGCAUGAGGAUGGAGUACGAGAAGUCCGUACAGCAGCACAGAGAGGAGGCCGACGCCUAUUACAAACUCAAGAUGGAAGAGAUCCAGACACAAACGGCCAAGAGUUCAGAAGCCAUCUCCUCAGCUAAGGUGGAGAUAACAUCGGCCAGAAAAGAGCUGCAGGCUCUGAGUCUUGAGCUGCAGAGCCUGGUUUCUGUGAACAUGUCUCUGGAGCAAAGCAUAGCAGAGGCCCAAGCCCAGGUCAGUGUGGGUGUCUCUGAGUCCCAGGCUCAGAUCGCUAGCCUCACCGCUGCCAUCGAAUCAGCAAAGGCAGACCUCCACAAGCAGAUCCUGGCCUACCAGGAACUGCUGGAUGUCAAGCUAGCCUUGGAUGUUGAGAUAUCAACAUACCGCAACUUGCUGGACGGAGACGACUUCAAGUUACCGGAGUUCACUGAAGCAUCCUAUACUUUCACAGCUGAAAGUGGCGGCACCAUAGAGGUGAAACAGAUCAUCACAGAACACGUGGAGACAUCGGUCAUCUCUGAUGCUGACGGAUCAGAAUCCUCUUGAUCCUCCCAGUGAUGAGCACACACAUACCAUGAGUGUGUGAUGGCUGUUAAGUGAUGUCUGUGCUCAUCCCACUCUGCACUCUUGUCCAAUAAACACUCCAUCCUGAUGCCC